AUGGGAGACAGGGGCCCCAUAUAUUUCAUGGUCAUUGAAGGUAAUAAUGUGUCGUCUAUCCUAACCAAUCAACCAUUCACAGUGUUCCCAAAAGGGUUUGUCUCUUCCACCACUACCCAACCUAUCAUUAGCGGCAAGAGUCCGGCGCACGAGAGAAAACGAAGGGUGAACCCCCCGGAGCUCUCCAAGCAGCCUUCACUACCGAAUGACUUUGAUAUUUCCGAGGAAAUCCCCGGGAUUCCGACCCUAGCUGGAGACAAAAGCCAUAUGACCAUCCCAGCUCAUCGAGGCAACAAAAUCUCACAAUAA